AUGGCGCAUCCUUCAGGCAGCGGAGGCACGUCACUUGCUCCAACGCCCACGCAUCCGCACCACUUAUCGCGAGAGUCGAGUAGAGAAGAACUGGAAAUGGCCGAGAGCCUCCGACGUCUGAAUCAGGUUCAAGAUACUCACAUGUCAAACACGGGAUCGCCCUUGAGGGAGCAACAACAAUCAAGCACACCGCAGGAUGACCAGAAGUCCGAAAUUUAUCACUCACUCGAAGAUGCCGUGCCUAUCGCGGGCGCAUCGGCCUCGCCGGCUCCUUCAACAUCGUUAUCGUUACCACCGCCGAGUGCCGGCGGAAGUAGCGCGCCUAUAAUUGGACAGGUCUGCAGCAAUUGCAGAACCACCCAAACACCGCUCUGGCGUCGUUCGCCGACAGGCGAGACUGUCUGCAAUGCCUGUGGACUGUACAUCAAAGCGAGAAACCAGCAACGCCCAGUCAACCUAAAGCGUAACCCCCCUUCACAGCCAACUGUCUCGUCGCAACAGAGCCCAACAUCUAACGCCAGCGCCAACCGAGAAGUUUCUCCUGGAAAUCUUGCUGCAUCACCUCAAGUUGCGACCUAUGUUGCCGCGGACCAAAUGGCUGCGGGGACAUGUCCAGGAGGUGGCAGGUGUAACGGCACUGGAGGUCAGCAAGGUUGCAGUGGUUGUCCUGCGUUCAACAAUCGUGUGUCCAAGACGGCCAAGUUCGCAUUGCAGCAGGCAAAUGCUUCGCCAAAGUCUGCAGACGGUACGAACGAGAACAGUACACUCGGCCCAUGUUCAGGAUCCGCCUCUACAAAUGCGAUUCCGGCGUGUCAGAACUGCGGUACCACAAUCACACCUCUCUGGAGAAGGGAUGACGCCGGCCACAUUAUUUGCAAUGCAUGUGGGUUGUACUACAAGCUGCAUGGCGCUCACCGUCCCGUCGCAAUGAAGAAACAAGAAAUCAAGCGCCGGAAACGAGUUGUCCCCGCUGGCGAAACUGGCUCGCAGGCCGCGCCAUCCGUCGCAAACUACUCGCCCCCACAACGCACAUCGCAAACACCUGUCCUCGAUGGCUCAACAUCUCCCGACCCAAUCGAAUCGCGCGAACAGUACACUCCCGAACCCAGGGGUCCUCUCGCAGUCGACUUCACCCACUAUCACAACAACAACAUCAACAACCAUCUCAGCGUCACAUCGAAUCCUAAUCCAGCCGCACCAUCGCCACGGAAACGUAGUCUCAGUGCUACUAUGGAUCCUAACGAGUUACCAUCGAGAACCGCGAGUGCAGUACCGCACCGGCUGAACGCCAUUUCGUCUAUUCUUAACCACCCACGUGCUGAAGAAACAAAUAUCGAUCCGUCGUUAUCCGUGCCAUUGCGACCAUCUGGCGGUUCCUCGCCGAACCCGACCGCGACACAGGAAGACAAAGCUGCUCGAAGGGAACGGCUGAUACGCGAGUCCGAAGCUAUGAAGAAGGAAUUGGAAAGAAGACAGAAAGAGCUGGACGAACUAGAACAUGAGUAA